AUGAAAAUUGACGUUGUAUUUGUGAUUGACAAGUCUGGAAGCAUCGGCCGAAAGAAUUUCGAGUUUGUUAAAAAUUUCGUUAAGAUGUUUAUCGAAUAUUUUCCGGUAUUUCCGUCUAAAACUCGUGUGGCGAUUGUAUCUUAUUCCACGUAUCGUCGCUUGGAGUUUAAUUUCAACGAAAACAGGAAUAGAAAAUGCUUAAGAGGUGGAAUUAAGAAAAUGAGGUACACAAACGGACGCACGUCGACCGGAAACGCGUUGGAACUGGUCCGCACACGUCUCAUCUACAACAGCAAGGCUGGUGCAAGGGAACAGGCAAAGAAGUUGAUUUUUGUCAUCACUGAUGGUAAAUCUAACCUUGGCAUUGAUCCCGGUGUUCCGGCGGGAAAACUGAAGCAAAAUGAUAACGUCAGCAUUGUUGCUGUCGGAGUGACAAACAAGAUUAACCAGACGGAAUUGCAAAGCAUCGCUAGUUCACCUUCACAUGUAAUUCAUGUCAAAGAUUUUGACGCGUUGAAGAAGCUAACACAGUCAUUGAAAGAUGAUCUUUCAAAGAAAUGUGAAAAUGGUAAAACGGUUUUGGACGAAUGUGGACGACGUUGCAGAUGUAAGGAUGGACUGUUAGUUGACUGCUGUAGACUCCGAAAAGAAUUCACUCAACUAUCAAAAGAGGAAUUAAUACGAUACAUCAAUGCUGUUAAGAAGGCUUCAACUGACCCGAGGUAUAAAAGAAAAUACGACCAGCUUUUGACGUUGCAUGUGGAACUGUUUCGACGAAUCCACAAGAAAGAUUUCUUCCUAACUUGGCAUCGCUGGUUUUUACUGCAGUACGAGAAUUUGUUGCGAAAAAUCGACUGUCGCGUCACCUUGCCGUAUUGGGACUGGACGCUAGUGGCGGGAAAACCAUUUACUUUUGGUGAAGGCGACUUUUGGGCCUCAGGCGAGGAAGGAUUUGGCGGGAACGGUUCACCCCCCGGCGGUUGUGUUAAAACCGGUCCAUUCCGGGAGGGGGAAUGGUCGUUGAUUCGCAGCGCCGGAGGGGGGUGUCUGAAGCGAAAUUUCAACGGCCGGUUCCCAGAUCUGAUUUCGCUGGCGAGUUUGUUGAAAUCAACCUCAAAACCGGAAGAUUUUUCAAAAUUUGAAUCCCAAUUGAGGGUCGUGUUUCACAACAACGUGGCUUGUGGAAUCGGGGGUACGAUGUGCACCAAGCACGGAGCUUCUGCCCCGGAGUUUUUCCCUCACCACGGCUUCAUCGACAAGAUCUGGUCAGACUGGCAGAAACAAAGCCCUGCGCACAAGUUUCAUAAGUUUUUUAAAUACCAGAAGGGAGAUAUGCCGGCGACCAGAGGGUAUAGAUCCAGGGACUUUCUAGACCUGAGCAAUCAACCUGACUGUGUUUGUGUUGAUUACGGCGAGGCCCGUAAUAAUGUCUCUAAACUUAUCAAAGGUCUACCGCUGUCGACAUUGCAGAAUAUACCUCGUCUUUCACUAUCAGAACUGAAUGCCAACGCUACGACAUUAUUUCAGACAUCAGCGGAUGAACUUGAAAAACUUUCUAAGCUUCGAGCGACCAUUGCUCCGAAAGUGAUUUUUAAAGGUUCUUUGAACGGUACUGAUGCCUCGUUUGGCUUCAGAAUCUCUGACGUUCUUAAAGCAAAGGGCUAA